AAGUUAAAGUAGGUAACCUAGGUAUUUGGGUAGGUGUAACCUGCCUAACAGCCAGCCGCCCUUGCUGUCACCAGCCACACGCGACCGAAGCUUCAAAGUUGUGUGUUGUGUUCUGCGAUUGAAGCUUUGCGGAACUCCCCCGCCAUCUCUCUUUCUCCCACCUCACUAAUCGUCGCACUUCAUUUUCCAGCUUCAUUUCUCAAUAGUCCAUUCUUUAUCUCGCUUUCCAUUACUAUGGCGGCGCAGCAACCCCUUCCCAAUACGCAGGCACCGUUAGAUGUCUAUGGUGGAGACGAGGUAUCAGCACUUGUUCUCGAUGCUGGCUACUGCCACACGCUCGCUGGAUUUGCCGGCGAAGAUGUUCCCAAAUCCGUGCUGCCAUCCUUUUACGGUUCUCUAAAGACCAGCAACCCGGAAUCUACUACGACGACGUACCGAGAUAUCUUCGGCGACGAAUGCCAGUACCCUCGCGCUGACUUUGAGGUUAAGAAUUACAUGUCACGUAGCGAGAGCAUCGUGAAGGAUUGGGAUGCCGCCACCAAGCUGUGGGAGCACAUGCUGAUCAAUCGACUGCAACCGGAUCGCGCGUCGCCCCCCAUCAUCAGGAGCAGCGCGAAAGAAGGAACAGCAGACGGCGAGGGAGAUGUUGCGAUGGAAGACGUUGAGGUUCAGGAGAAGCCUCUGGCAGAGAACCCUCUUCUCAUGACUGAGGCCCCGUGGCAGACGGGCAAGAACCGAGAGAAGGCUAUUGAAAUCGCCAUGGAGAACUGGGGCUGCCCUGCUUUCUGGAUGACCAGGACUCCCGUAUGCGCUGCUUUUGCGGCGGGUAAGGCCUCGGCGUUGGUCAUUGACGUUGGCGGUGCCAACACGAGCGUUACAGCCAUACACGAUGGCAUGAUUCUCAAGCGAUCAAUUCAAAAGUCACAGAUCGGAGGUCUCUGGCUGUCGCAACAGAUACGGACUAUGUGGGAUAACAGCGAGCCCAAAGUCAAUAUCGUGCCCUACUUCAUGAUUGAGAAUAAGACCCCUGUUGACGCUGGUGCCCCGGCCCAAGCUAGACUCCGCAAAUUUCCCUUCGAAAUUACUCCCUCGUACCGCGCAUACGAAGAGGAACGCCUAUUGACCGAGUUCAAGGAGUCGGUUGUCGAGGUGUGGAGAGGCCCGGGUAGAUAUCUCAACCCCGGAAACGAAGAGCUGGUCAAGACACAGCCAGGCCGGGUCUUCGAGAUGCCAGACGGCUGGAACCAGAUGUGGCGGGAACAGCGUUAUCGCGUGUCAGAGGGCAUGUGGGACGAGAAUGCUGCUCUUCCGAAUCCCGACGGCAGUGCUAAGGCGCAGACCAUCCCCGAGAUGAUCAAGGCCUGCUUAAAUGCCGUAGAUGUUGACUUGCGGCCUAACUUGCUUGGCAAUGUUGUCGUUACUGGUGGUACCAGCUUGCUGAACGGAUUCAACGAUCGCCUGAACAACGAGCUGAUGGCCAUGCACCCAGGUAUGAAGAUUAAGCUACACGCCGCCGGUCUCACCACAGAACGCCGCUUCGGUUCCUGGAUAGGUGGCAGUAUCCUCGCCAGUCUCGGAACAUUCCACCAAAUGUGGAUUUCGCGUAAAGAGUACGAAGAGAAUGGGCCUGGUAUCGUCGAGAAGCGCUGCAGAUAACGGAAAUAUCUUCCCUCUCUGUAUCCUCUCCAUGUUCAUGUCUCGAGGUAAUAUUGCGACUGCGGCUCAGGAAUCACGGUAUUGGAAAGCAUGAGUUAUCCUGCCUGAUGUUUUCAGGCAUUUGGCGUACGGAGUUGUUUGUGGAAAAUGUAGAAUGUCUCCGGAGAGACUUCACUCGAGCUCCUGUGCUAAAAGGGGGGGUUAGAGAUAGGAACAGAGGCUUGUAAACUUUGCAAUGAA